CUUUGCACAGUAGCGUUCACUGGAUUUAUCCGCUAUUCCUUCUGCCACUGCGGUUUUUACAGAUCGUUUAAACUACCAGACUAGCAUUAAUAAAUGCUAGUUGAAAAUAUAUUUAAACAGGCUUAAUAUAUCGAACUUAGAAAAUCUGCAGUGCAGUGAUUUGAUUUUUGAUUUUAUGACGCUUGGCUAGCACAUCUUGCUAGCGCGGUAGCACGCCUGUAACUUACCUAAAUAACGAUAGCUAACUAGCUAGUAAUACUUUUACGCAGUAGGAAAUUAGAUUAGUAACGUCCGUUUACAUGCCAGAUUUGGAGCAUUUUAGAUUUUCUUACAGUAACUGUAGUAUGAAUCCUUUGCUGGGGGCGAACGUCUUUCUUCUCCCGCAGCAGAACCAAGGUCCAAGCCAGCCGGAUUCACCAACAGGCCUACUGCCCGACUCGGUUUUCGGCGCCCCUGACCCAUCCUUUUUCAUAGGCGAACAUCCCGGAUUGUGCUCAGACACCAUAUCUGGACUUGACUUCUCGGCACUACCACCCACGGGGCUUGCAUACCAGCAUUUCAACAACUCUUUGUAUCGCCCACCGCCACCACCUGCCGCAAUGGCCCUGCGAAAUGACCUGGGUUCCAAUAUCAGUGUUUUAAAGACCCUGAAUUUACGCUUCCGCUGCUUUUUGGCUAAGGUUCAUGAAUUGGAGAGGAGAAAUAAGAUUUUGGAAAAACAGUUACAACAGGCAUUGGAAAAUAACGGUGGCGGCAAUUUAGGUGCUGCAGAAGGGAAGAGACCGGCCACCAAAGAAAUAGGUGUACAGACGGGGUUUGUGGGCCCUAUCCCGAUCAGAGCAGGUGUAGUCCCAUUCCAGAACGCAAAUAACACGGCUCUCCGACCGAGGACAUUGUUUACACCGCCACUUAAUACAGUUCUCACACUUGAAACAAGCAAACCACCAACGGAAAUUUCAAAUUCAAGUGCGGGGGACUCCAAUUCUAAUCACAAUCCACAUAUCAUCAUCGAUCCUGCGACCCCAACCGAUACUUCGACGAACACCAACUCCAAUAUUAACAUAAAAAAUACCAGUAGUGCAAGCACUGGUACAGGGCCUAACCCCCCACCUAGGUUUUUACCUGGUACUAUUUGGUCUUACAACCACACCCGCAAGCUGGGCUCUGGCGUUGAGACAAGGGUAACAAGUCCUGGGGUAUCUUGGGUCCAUCCCGAUGGAGUUGGCGUGCAGAUUGACACCAUCACACCAGAGAUACGAGCUUUGUACAAUGUGCUGGCCAAGGUGAAACGGGAGCGAGAUGAAUACAAACGAAGAUGGGAAGAGGAAUACACUGUGAGGGUGGAACUCCAGGAGAAAGUGACAGAUUUACAGGAGGAGCUCCAGGAGAGCGAGGUGUGUCAGGAUGAGCUGGCCCUCCGGGUCCAGCAGCUGAAGGCGGAGCUCGUCCUAUUCAAGGGCCUGAUGAGCAACAACCUGUCGGAGCUGGACAGUAAGAUUCAGGAGAAGGCCAUGAAGGUGGACAUGGACAUCUGCCGGAGGAUCGACAUCACGGCCCGGCUGUGUGACGUGGCCCAGCAGAGGAACUGCGAGGACAUGAUCAAGAUCUUCCAGGUGCCCACUCCUCCCUCCACCAUCAACCGUCGCCCUCGUAAACAGACUCCUCAGCCGUCCAACGGCUGCGAAGUGGACGAACCAUCCAGCAUCUCUGAGAGCGAAGGGGGCGGGACCAAAGAGGAGGACAACUGCUGCUCCUCAGCCAACCAGAUCAACGAGGAGAUGCAGCGGAUGCUGAAUCACCUGCGUGAGUGUGAGUUUGAGGACGACUGUGACAGCCUGGCCUGGGAAGAGACGGAGGAGACGCUGCUGCUCUGGGAGGACUUCCCAGGGUACACUCUGGCGGCCGAGACACAGGGGGAGCCGGAGGAGUCCCUGGAGAAGGUGAUAAAGGACACAGAGUGUCUGUUCAAGUCCCGAGAGAAGGAGUACCAGGAGACCAUAGACCAAAUUGAGCUGGAGCUGGCCACAGCCAAGUCUGACAUGAACAGACAUCUGCACGAGUACAUGGAGAUGUGCUCUAUGAAGAGAGGCCUCGAUGUGCAGAUGGAGACCUGCAGGAGACUCAUCACUCAGACUGGAGACAGUGAAUCCCCCUCUCCUGUUUCCGGGGGUGGUGAAGAGAGCGAUGAGGCAGAGAGAGAGAAGAAGAGAGGCUCGCCGCCCACAGACGGAGGAAGAUAAUAUCUUCACUUUCAUCGAUGCUCCACCUCCGCCCUGCAGACCCUCCUCACGUUUAGUUUCACGCCCUCCCCGCUAGGAAAGUACUGUUUACAUUUUUCAGCCGUAGCUUUGUACAUGCGCGCAUCAUCCACAGGCUUUUGUAAGGGAAUGUGGCAGAAGCAUUUGUCCGAAGCGGACCUUGCGUAUUGUGGUUUAUUUAUUUCCGACUGCUGCUGCCCUCUUGUGGAAGUGUGUAUUAUGACCGUUGCUUUCAUUUGAAGUUUUACAUUGUUCUGGCAAAGCCACAUCACUGACAGUACUUAUUAAAAAAUGAGCAUUAAGCUUAAUUAAACAUUUAAUUAAGAGUAAACAAAGAGUAGUCAUCAGAAUUCAAUGGCCUGUUUAGGAGUGAGAACAAUGGCAUUGAUUUUAAAGCGCAAUUUCAUAUGCAGGUGAUCAGUAUGUAAAAUGAUAUAUGGUAUAUUUUAUGUAUACCAAUACUUAAAUGAUAAGGCUUCUUUACAUCACCGGUGUGGUCAUGGUAUUGCUGGGCUGCACUGGACAGUGCUACACUACUGUAUUAACUCAAAGAGGAACCAUUUUUUUCCAAUGACAACAUGCCUUAAUGUGUAUAUAUGCAUGUAUACAUAUAUAUUUGGCAGUUUCUCUGAAACAAUCCUCCAUGAAAUGCAUUCUUGUUGUAUUUAGCUCUAUAUAAGACCGAAUUCUUCCUAACUGAAGAAUUGUAUUCUGUUUUAAACAGCUGAACAGUUCACUUCAUAUCAAAUAUCUGCUGAUCAGUAACUAAAAUCUUCAUUUCUCACUUGUAAGAAAGCAAAAAUAGUAAGAAAUCUCCGCUGGUCAUUUAAUUGGUUUUAUCAUCAGUAGUCGGGGGGGCAUUAACAGGGUGUUGCUGCAAAGGCGCAUGUGUGCUCAGUCAAUUUACCCUGUAUAAAUAAAGGUUCACAAUAAUAAUAAUAAUAAUAAUAAUAAUAAUAAUGAUGAUGAUAAUGAUAAUGAAUCUUGAUCAAGUUUAUUUUAACACUGCAUUUUUCCCCUAAAUUAAUUUAAUGAAUGUUUCUAUUUUCAUAGGCAUCAUCAUCAAAAAUAGAAAUGAGGAUUGGUCAGAGAAGGCGAUCGCUUAAUAAACAGCACACUGUGUGGCCAAAGCAUAUAUUUGUUAAUUUGCGCUUUAAUACACAAGUUUGCCAAUAAUUUACUAAAAAAAAUGAAAAACUUGAAAAUCCCUCUAUACAGUUUUUUGUCAGAGGGGAAACAUGUACAUUCACUUAAACCAUCUGCUUAUCAAUAGUAUUUCCUUAGAUUUAAAACAAGGGAACAAGUGUACAAAUAUGAAAUUGUUCCAUUAUCGAUGUCUGUUAUCUACAUUCCUGUGUGUCGAUUAAAAAUGUAUGUUGUGUAUAUACUAUAUCGCUGAGCUAGCUGGGCGGUGCUAGGGCCAAUCUGCUUAAUGUCUGUGUAUAGUGUACACUCAGUGAGUACUUUAUUAGGUAUUUAUUAGACUUAUUUUUUUAGACUAAUUGGUCUUCUGCUGCUGUAGCCCAUCCAGUUGUUGUGUUGUGUGUUCAUAGAUGCUCUUCUGCGUACCACUGUUGUAACACAUGGUUAUUUCGGUGAUUGUCGCAUUCCUGUCAGCUUUCACCAGUCUGGCCAUUCUCCUCUAACCUCUCUCAUUAACGAGACGUUUUCGCCCACAGAGUUGCCACUCACUGGAUGCUUUCUGCUUUUCACACCAUUCCCUGUAAAUUCUAGAGACUAUUGUUUGUGAAAAUCGCAGGAGAUCAACAGUUUCUAAGAAGCUCAAACCAUCCCAUCUGGCACCAACAAUCUUUCCCUGGUCAAAAUCUCUUGGAUCUCAUUUCUUCCCCAUUCUGAUGUGUGGUCAGAACAACAACUGAACUGCUUGACUGCUGCAUGCUUCUAUAGAUUGAGUUGCUGCCACAUGGUUGGCUGAUAAGAUAUUUGCAUUAAUGAGCUGAUGUACAGGUAUACCUAAUUAAAUUCUCACUGAGUGUAUAUGUAUGUACUAUAAAUGACAUGGAGAGGAGUUUAAAGGGCAUUGACACGCAAAUCUUAUUUGCUUUCUGUUCAUUUUCAGUGGUAGUCUCAGGCAUGCGGUGCUGUCAGGCAUUUUACAUCCAGAAUAAGAGUUUGAAAUGGACAAUCAGAGAGACAGAGGUGGUCAGUUUCAGACAGAAGAGAAUCACUGAGUGAUGACCCUUGGACACAGGGAGAUACUGGAGAAAGGACAGACAGUCUAAUUGAAAACAUUGGAGAUAGACAUGCAUAGACAGACUAGUUUAUAGAAUUUAAGAACUGGAGACAGACCUAGGUGCUGUAACCUACAACAUUACAGUAACAGACACAUAGAUAAUGUAUUCCACAUCAUUACAUAAACCGACACAUAGAUACUGUAAUCCACAGCUUUAUACAACCAGACAAACGCAGAGAUACUGUAAUCCAGUGUUUGAGAAACAGACACGAAGAUACUGUAAUCAACAGCAUUGGAGAAACAGACAGAUCGUGUAAUCCACAGCUUUAUAGAAUCAGACAGACUCCGUAAUCCAGAGCAUUGGAGAAACAGACACACAGAUACUGUAAUCAACAACAUUUGAGAAACAGAUGCUGUAAUGUACUGCAUUAAAAGAUGGCACGCUUCAGACCGAGAGAGACUGUUAUUGAAAUUAGGACUGUAUGUGUGGUUGACGGGCAACAGUGAGUCACUUUCUCACGUGAAAGCUGAACGAUUGAUAAACUGGCAAACAGAAUGUGGGAUAACAUCUUACUAAAAUGCCAACUGACAGUUAGCAUUUGUCUGAAAAAGUAACUGGAGCACUGUUUUGUUAAUAUGCUAAUAUUUUACCAAUUAUUAAUUGUACAGAUGAGCUGGAUAAAUGGCAAUGCAUAAGCUGAGCUUGUAUAGUUUGCGGUAUAAGAAAAAGUGCACAGAAAUAUGUAUAUUCAACAAUAGCAUUAAUAAUAAUAAUAAUAAUAAUUGCAAUAAUUGCGUGGUGAUAAUACUGCCAGGUCUGUACUUGAGUGUAAAUUUUGGCAAAUGUUGGAAGGUAGGGGAGGAGAGUGGGAAAGAGUAAAAUAGGUUAACCAGGAGCGUCAAAUGACCAUGUAAAGUUUAUUUUGUGUAUUUUAUUACACAUGCUGUUUGAGUGUGUCUAUGUAUGCAUGUUAGCGUGUAUGUUUUGAGUGUAUACUAGUUACUGUAUGUAUUACAGUGUACAGUAAGUACUUAUGAAAGGAGUUUACUUGUUCACUUUCAGCAUGAAGGUGCAAGAAACGUGCAGAUUCAUACUGAUUAUCUUGCAGUUCAGUGCAUUUGGCCAUACAAAGAUGAGCAGGAGAGGGAAUUAGCUAUAUGUACAAUACACUAAAUAAAUGUAUAUAUUAUGUUUUAGACAUCAGCCAAAACCUGCAGUAUCAGCCUCCAGUGUCUUCAUGUCUUGAUGUGACGAAUAAGUAAACUUCUUUUGAAAAUAUUACCAAAGUGUAAAAAAAAAAAAAAAAAAAAAAAAAAAUUGUGAAAAAGGAAUGUUAUGCAGCGAUGGUAUGUAGGCUAUGAAAUGUUACGCAUUCAGGUAACUGAAAAGGGAUAAAUAUAACCAUAUAAGUGCUAAUAAUGCAAGAAAGCCACAGUCUCACACAAAGGUUUUGGCGAUCACAGCCUCCAACACAUGCAAUAAUCUGGCUUGAAUAUUCUCUUGAAUCAAUCAUUUGAAGAAGAAAAAAAAAAAGCAUUUUUUUUCUGGUUGGACUAUAUUAUUUUGCGGGCAAAAGUAUGCUUGAACUCUUCACUUUGCACUGAGUGAAGUCGAUGUGUAUCUGGUGGCAAUGUUCGGUGUGCGUCAAUAUUUUUUGUAUGGGACUGGAAUGCAUAUUAUGUAUGAAUCUAUAGGCAGGUUUCGCUAGCUUUUCCGUAGUGUGCAGAAUACUGGAAUGGGUUGAAUGAUGUACAGAAUAAAAGAUGGAAAGAACAGUA